AUGUUGAUGAGAUAUGCCAGUCCAAAUGAGCGGCGCGUCAUAACCCGAGAACAUCUGGGUUAUUACAGAUCUGUCGUUGUUGGAGCUGUGUAUGAUUUUGGCAGCAAAAGUGUGGACCUAAGAUCACCGAGUUCUUACUUUUGGCCUUUGACAAGCUGCCUGGACGAACAUCCAUUUUUGAGUGUUGUUAUACAGGAUUCAAAUACCGAGAAGCCAUUCUACGACCACGUUCAAAAGGUCAACAUUAAUGACCAUAUCAGCAUCGCUGACGAUCUGAAUGUUGAUGAAACUGUCGGAUUAACGGAAACGAGGAGUAUCGAAACAAUAUUAGGUUCGGGACUUGAUCUGUCUUGGCCUUCGCACAUCCCUCCCUGGAAAAUCCUCAUACAUCCUAUUGUAUCCCCGACAAGUACAAACCCGACUCGAUGCUUCAUUGCUUUCUCGUUCUCACACUCGCUAAGUGACGGACUUGCAGGACCAGCCUUUCACCACACUUUCUUGAACGCGCUACGCUUGGGCGAGCAAGGCAAAGAGGUGUCUGAGGUAGUGAAAACUUCUGGUUCCUUGCCAGUCGCUUUUGAUAUAGCGGAAAGGCUUCCUAUAUCAUGGGGUUUCCUCUUGCGACCACUGCUGGGAGUUCUUUUGCCAAAGCUUAUUGCUAAUUUUCUUGGGAUCCGCGCCGCUACCACUGCAAUUGACAAUGGGACAUGGCUUGGUUCCCCGACGUUCUUCAAACAGCACGAGUAUCACUCACGGUACAAACUCUUAGAAAUCGAGGCCGCCUUGCUGCAAAAAAUUCUGGUUGAAUCGAGAGAGCAUGGCGCCAAGCUUACUGCAACUCUUCAUCAAGUAAUCAUCCAAGCUUUGAGCCGGUUGAUUCCAGCUUCGAGAGCUACCAAUUUCGUGUCGCAGACGGCUGUCAAUAUGCGAAAAUCUGUUGGCGUACCAGAAAACGAGAUGGGCUCAUACGUCACAGGCUAUGACGAACUACAUGUAAGGACCGACGGUGCAGGCUCUUUGUCGGACACCGCUUGGGCUGCAGCUAGCACAAUGACGAAUAAUUUGGCCAGCUAUGCCGUGCGGCUUCAAGACCAACCUAUCGGUUUACUGAGGUACGCGCCAAGUAUCAAAGAGUAUCUGACUGGCAAGCUAGGGCAGAAACGGGACUGUUCCUAUGAAGUGAGCAACUUGGUGGCUUUCUCCGACACGGCCAGUAAUGCAGGAUGCAAGAUAACCAAGAUGGUCUUCGCCCAACCGUGUAACGUUGUGAGCGCUCCUCUAGUGUUUAGCAUCAUCAGCGUCAAAGGUGGUAGUUUAAUUCUCGCCAUCAGCUGGCAGUCUGGUGCUUUAGAUAUCGCCGAGGAAGACGAAAACGAGUUUGUCAAAGGCCUAUGCGAAUUGAUCAAGUCAAGCCUGCAGGGACUGCAAUAG